GUAUACAGCUUACCACAGAUGAAUACUAAAUACCCUAACGAAUGAAAGUGAAACCCUUUCUUUCUGAAUUUUUCCGCCUCUCUCAACCUUCUUCCCUUCCUCACAACUCACACUACUUCAGUCGAUUGCCCAGCGACCCCGGACGGCAGCUUCACCACACGUAUUAGAGUAGAGAAGUUUUCUGGCAAGCAAGAUGGGUGUGGAAGAAGAAAAUGGAACACUUGAGAAGAUUGUACCUCUUACUGAUCAGAUAUUUGAUGAGCUAGACAUAAAAAAGAAGAAGUAUCUUAGAGGAGAAGGUGCUAACUUGAAGGCAUUGAACGAUAAAAAGUUGAAGGGGCAACUUGCAAACAGAGAAGAGUUGUAUGGCAAGUCUGCAGAUGUUGCUGCCAAGACUGAGAAGUGGCUUAUGCCAAGUGUGGGAGGCUUCCUAGAGGUUGAAGGGAUAGAGAAGACAUGGAGGAUCAAACAGGAAGAUAUUGCUAAAGAAGUUGAUAUUUUAAGUUCACGUAAACAGUUUGAUAUUAUUUUGCCAGAUCUUGGUCCAUACACACUGGAUUUUACCUCAAGUGGUCGUCAUAUGGCUGUUGGUGGAAGGAAGGGCCACCUGGCCAUUGUUGACAUGAAGAAUAUGAAUCUAACUAAGGAAUUGCAGGUUAGGGAAACAGUACGCGAUGUGGUCUUCCUGCACAAUGAAUUGUUCUUUGCAGCAGCCCAGAAAAAGUAUACCUACAUUUAUAACCGGGAUGGAACAGAGCUUCAUUGCUUGAAGGAUCAUGGCUCAGUUUUAAGGCUUCAAUUUUUGAAGAACCACUUCCUCUUGGCAUCAAUAAACAAAUUCGGACAACUUCAUUAUCAGGAUGUAACCAUGGGUGAGAUGGUAGGUAAUUACAGGACUGGGUUAGGCCGAACUGAUGUGAUGCAGGUGAAUCCUUUCAAUGCCGUUGUUGCUUUGGGUCAUUCGGGUGGUACUGUUAGCAUGUGGAAGCCUACAAGUUCUGCUCCUCUUCUUAAGAUUUUGUGUCACCGUGGGCCUGUCUCAGCUCUGGCGUUCCACCCCAAUGGGCAAAUCAUGGCCACAGCAGGAAAAGAGAAGAAAAUUAAAAUUUGGGACUUGAGGAAACUUGAUAAAGAGCUCCAAGAUAUACAGGGCCAUGCAAAGACCUUGGAUUUCAGUCAGAAAGGUUUGCUUGCUCGUGGAACCGGAUCUCAUGUACAAGUUCUUAGAGAUUUGUCUGGAACUCAAGACUACAGCAGAUACAUGAACCAUUCUAUAGUAAAAGGAUACCAAAUAGGAAAAGUGUUGUUUAGACCGUAUGAAGAUGUUUUGGGCGUAGGGCACUCGAUGGGCUGGUCUAGCAUUCUCGUUCCAGGUUCCGGGGAACCCAACUUUGAUUCUUGGGUUGCUAAUCCAUUCGAAACAUCCAAACAGCGAAGAGAGAAGGAAGUUCGCUCUCUUCUUGACAAGCUCCCUCCUGAAACAAUCAUGUUGGAUCCCACAAACAUUGGUUCAGUGAGGCCUCCAAAGAAAAAAAAUCUAACGAAACAGGAGAAAGAGGCUGAGAUGGAGGCUGCUAUUGAAGCUGCCAAAGACACCGAGUUCAAGUACAAAACAAAAGGAAAGAAUAAGCCAAGUAAAAGAGUGAAGAAGAAACUCGAGGUAAUCUCCAAAGCCAAGAGGCCUUUCUUGGAUGAACAAAUGAAAGAGGAAGAACAGAUAGCUAGAAAGAAGCAGAGACCAAGUGAAGAAGCUGUACUACCGGUUUCUUUACAGCGGUUUGCUCGAAAGAACGCAUCAACUUGAUUGCAAACCAGUCCUUUCCUAUUAAUGGUUUUUCCUCAUGUUCACUAGUUCAAAGUAUUUUUUGUUUACCUCUCAUUUUUGAUUUAUUAGGUAAAAUGUAUUCUAAAAAUUUUGUUACGUCAAAAGAGUGAAUGAGAAAGUGAGAUUCUUCCCUUC